GCGUCCACAGAGCACUGCAAAUGAAGGAGACUUAGGAAGAGAUGGGAUAUUGGAGAGCACAUGAUCUUAGGUUCUGCAAAGGAUGGGACAGACCUAUCCCACCAGGGGUGUGAGUGAUGAUGGUUUUAUAUGAUACACAGGUGCUAAAAAUCACGUAAUCACACAGUGCGAGGUGUUCCUUCCCAAUUCUUGCAGUCCUGAUUACAUCAAGAAGCGAGUUUCAGUUUCUGACAGACUCCCUUUAACCUUUCUCUAACACGCAAUAAAAACCCAUUUUAACAAAGCAGAGCAGGCCGCAGGAUCAUAGCCAUUAAUAGGCGAGAAUAUCCUGAUGAUUAAAAGUAAUGUUUUAUUUUCAUGGUUUUUAUCUUUCUUGUGACCUUCUGUUUAUAUCUUCUUCCAUUUACAUUGGUGAUAGAAAGCUUUUCCAGUAGACUUAAAUGUUAAAAGGAAGUAAAUUUAAAAUAUGCAGGUAAUAAUGAAAUAGUUGAUGCACAGUGGCUCCAUAGCGAAUGAAAUUUAGGACACACUGAUCUAGACCAUUCCUUUUACGAGGAAGCAGAUGGGGAAACUGAGGUUCAGAGAAAGAAAGGUUCCCUCUUCUAAGCUUCCAUGGCUGGCUAUCCUGAGGACUGAUGCUCAGCUCUCCCCCGUGCCUCCUCACCUGUCUGACUCUGCACCAGACAACAAAUUCUUGUGCUAAACUGAAGUGGCUCCGAAGUGCGGGAGAGAAAUAGGAUCAGUCCCUCUGGCUCAGGAAAAGGUGGAGGCAAGGAAAUAAAGAUGUUGAAGAAUGAUGUUGCUGGCCAUAAGCUAAAUGUGGAAGCCAUAAUCAAAAAUAUUAAUACAAUUUCUUUGGAGUUGAAGAAGAUGAAAGAGCUCUCCCAGCUGCUGCUGUGUGACCUCACCCUGCAUUUUACUCGUCCUGGGAAGACAGAGGACUUCAGGGAAACAGUAGGAAGCAGCAGCCCCUUCGAAGCGUUUACAAUAUCAGAUGUAGCCCUUGCUUCUAACAGUGUUCCCCCCUAGUUUCUUACUUGUCUGCUGUGAAUUUAUAACUGUGUUGUUGAAUUAACAGAUAUCUGGGAGAACUGAGUUUACUAACGUAUUUAAUAUAACGUAAAUAUUGUUGAGUUGAAAAUAAUCAUUUCAUGUUCCUGAA